AUGGUGACCGUCCUCAAGAUCAUCAUCACGGAGACGGACGGCGGCACGGUCGAGGAGCUCCCGGUGUUCUCGCCGGACCGCCCGUGCUACCUCGCCGACCUGCGGCAGGCGGCCGUGCCGAGCGGGCAGUCGGGGGCGCACAUGGUGCUCUCGGGUCCCCAGCGCGCAGUCACCUGGAACGGGGAAGGCACGAGCAUGACCUACCAGAACAUGAAGGAUGGGAACGAUGGGGCCGGUUACACCAUUCGAAGAAGAAAGAAUGGCCGCCAAUUACGAACUUUACAGUCGGGUCGGUGUACGAGUGGAGUGUCGCGUUCAAUGGACAUCCGUUGCACCUGCACGUGA